ACAUCACAAAUCAACAACUGUUCACAGUCCGUAGCUCGCGUUCGCAAUUCGAAGCCAAUCAAUAUGAAAUAUACAAUCGCUAUUGUCUUCGCCGCCCUCCUGGCCGUUGUCCUGGCUGCACCACUCGACAAUAGCCAGGAUGCAAAGAUUUUGCGCCUGGAGUCCGAUGUCCAGCCCGGUGGCUACAAGUUUGGCUGGGAGACCAGCGACGGCCAGAAGCACGAUGAAGAGGGUGUCCUGAACAAUGCUGGCAGCGAGAACGAAGCGAUCUCUGUCCGUGGCUCUUACUCCUUUACCGCUGAGGAUGGCCAGGUCUACACUGUCAACUAUGUGGCCGAUGAGAACGGCUUCCAGCCAGAGGGCGCCCAUUUGCCCAAUGUUCCAAUUAGCCACUAAAUUAGCUAACUUUCAUCACACAAGAGCUGUUCUUACUUCCUAGAAGUUGAAUUUAUAUAUUUUAUUUAAUAAAAAUGGUUUAAUGCAAGCAUCAA